AACCAGGAAGACCUGUGCCGCCCCUUCCGGGAGCUUCAGUGCACCAGGGUUCCAGAUGGUCUUUGGCUUUUUCCUCUGGCGUCCGAGAUGUGUGUGCAGGGAGCAGUCUCUUCUGGUUUCCCAGGCUUGUCUGCCUCUCUGAAGGUUUAGCUCUCCCUCCCACGGGAUUUGGGUGCAGAGAACUCGGAUGUUGUUUUUUUAAUGUCUUUCUCUGCCCAUUUAUCCUUUGUGACAAGAAAGGCCACUGUUCAGUUUGCAUUAAUUUUAUGUAUAGUCAACUCGAUGAAGUUUUUUAUCAAGCAUAGGAGUACUGUGGUAGGAUAUGUUGGCUGCUUAUGUAUACUGUCAUAUCAUCUGCAAAGAGUGAAAACUUAACUUCUUCCUGUCUGAUUGGUAUCCAUUUGACCUCCUGUGGUUUUCUAAUUGCUCUAACUUGAAAUUUUAAUGUUCUAUCUUGUAAAUAGGAAAACAGUGGAGAUCGCCUUGUGUUUCCCUGAGGUUAGUGGGAUUGCUGCAAGUUUCUCUCCAUUUAAUUUGGUGUUUGCUGUUGGUUUGCUGUAUUUUGCUUCUGUUAUGUUUAGGUUUGUGCCUUGCAACAGAAUCAUCUGAGACACCAGCAGAAGUGGUCUGUCUUGCUUAUCUCAAAAAAGUGAAGAUCAGUGAAGGCAAAGACUGGAGACCAAGGAAGCUUUUCAAAUCUAGCUAUGCAAGCAUCCAUCACUGUCCAUGAGUCCUAUUAUACUUUCUCCAAACAUAACAUGUUUUCCCCAGAGGAUGGCCUCAUCAAAACAUCACACGAUCCUGACUAAGCAAAACCCAUGUGGCUCUGCACUACACGACAUCCAGACAGAACUUCUUCAGGCUACUUUUAAGCAAAGCUGAUGCAAUUACCUUUUGAAUGACAGAAUCAGAGGGUGGUUAAAGUGAGUAAUUUACUUAGAACAGAUUUUCCCAAGGAUUUAAAAUUUCUCCAGCCCUGUUUGAUGAGACAGGAAGUGCUGACCUCCUGCCCUCUUUUCAGAAGUUUCUCAUGACCCAACUCUUUCACUAUGUACAUGAUGUCCUCCUAUCUUUCAUCCUGAACCAUACUCUAAAGAGGCCUGGAAAAAAACUUGUGGAAGAGGUACAUGCAAUGUGCUACAUAGUGUGAGCUGAGAAAGUCCAGCUUUAUUGAUAAGAGCAUCCCUAUAUUAGAUACCAACUUAGUGGAAGCAUAGGAGCCCAGAAAACUAAUCCUGACAUUCUAUAGAUACCAUACUAAGAGGAAGGUUUAUCUGAUUCCAUGUGUUUGGGUAUUGCAUACCUCAGAUACUAAGGCUUACAGGUAGAGCAAAACCUCUCUACACCAGCAGAAAUGAGUGACUUUAUCCCCUAAUGAGGAAUGAUAUGAACAAAUGUGCUUAGGUCUUCAACAGAGGUGAAUUUCCAUAUAGACCUAGAACUUCCAGAUGCUUCUAAACAAUUUGAUCUGUUUGUUCAUGAAAGUAAAGGCACUGCACAGGGUGUUUAAACCAAACUCAGGGCCAGGGAAUGACCCUGGAUUACACAUGUCCAAACUCCUGGAACCUAUGACACCAACCUGGCCCAUGUGUCUCAGAGCUAAGGUGACUGCCACUAUUAGUGAAAGAAGCAGACAAGUUGAGUCUGGUUUAGGAUCUUAAACACACAUCCCCCAUAGAGUUGUGUCUUCCUUCAUAGAGACAAGGGAGUUCUGGCUGUUUAAUGCAUGUGUGAAACAUAGCAGGUGCUUCUCCUGAACCGUCCUGGAGUCCAGUUUGAGAAACCCACUGACAUCAAUCCUGUUCCUCUCUGGCCUCCUUAUGACUUCAUCAAUGAUUGUAUGCGAUAACAACCAUAGUCCCAGGCAUCUUUCUAUACCUAAUGUGCAUUCUCUCAACGGAUCAAAAAUAUGAGUCAAUUUUUUUCUUAGAUGGGAGCUUCAUCAUUAAUGUAAAACCACAUACAUAUGGGCUCCAGCAGUUAUGAUAAGUGAAAGAUUUGCACUCAAAACUUAUAUGCAGGUCUUGCUUCCCAGAGAGUAGAACUUAUGACUCAGAUUCAGAUGGUCAGAUUGAGAAAAGGAAAGUGUAUCAUCAUAGACCAGGAAAAUCCAUAUGCAUUUCUUACUGCAUGUAUGUAUGCUAUGAUGUACAGGGAAAGAGGGGUCCUCACUGAGUGUUCAUACAGUAAUUGGAGUGAUUCCAUCCUGGCAAACGAACUGCAUAUCUAAAAGCUCCUGGACAAAAAGGAGCAAACACAGGUAAGAGUAGAAGGGAGGAAAUAAUCAAACACAAUGCUGAAUUCAUUGGAAUAGAAACACAGAGAAAGAUACAAAGAGUCAACAAAACCAAGAACUGGUGCUUUGAAGAACUCAACAAGAUAGAGAAACCUUUAGACUAACAAACUAAAAGGCACAGCGAUUGUAUCCAAACUAAUAAAAUCAGUAAGGGGAAGGGUAAAAAACAACAGAAAAUGAGGAAACUCAAAAAAAAAUCAUGUCUCAAUAGAAAAGCUUAUACUCAAAACUACUGGGAAAUCUGGAAAAAAUGAAAUUAUAGACAGACACCAUGUAUAAAGUUAAAUCAAUUCAUGAAGUCUCUAAUGUGAAAGGAGAGUGUACAAAACAUUUUGGAAGCUUUAAAGACGGAUGAUUUGGAUCCAAUCCCAGGAUUUCUAUACAUCUCCAAACAUUUUCAUCCAUAAGAUCAUGAAAGAAAUUUUACUACAAAAUGCAAAACGUGUGUAACCACUCACUGUAGUGACGUGCAGUCGCCGUGUAAUGUGCCUUUCCAAUGAAUGGACCCUGCAGCAUCAGGCUGGCCCACUUGUCUAAGAGCUGUGGUUGCUACCCCUAUUAGAGAAGUUAACUCUGUGUCAGAAGCUGAAACUCACAUAACACCAUGCAGUUGAGGCUCUCCUCAAAGGAACAAAAGAACCUUAAAUUUUAUUGCAUGUUGGAUACUGUAGCUGGUUCUCCUCCUGAACCAUCCUGGAGUAUGGAGUGAAAACCCACGGCUAUCGAUGCUGCUACGCUCUAACCUGGUGUUGACCCAAACAUGCUCAUCAGUGACUGUAUGAUGAAAGCAACAUGGUUUAAAUAAUCUGUCUAGACUUAUUGGACACCCACAUCCUACGAAAGGUUCAGAUGCAAUGCUCUACAUAGAUGGUAAUGACCUAACUAAACAUGGAACCAGGUACAAAUGGGCUCUGGUGAGUUACUGCAAAUGAAAUGAUAUGGACCCAAGACUUAGAGCCAGAAUACAUGGUGAAAAUGAAUACCUGUCAUCACAUGUGAGAAAAGUCACUAUCCUUUGGUCACUGCCCAUGCACAUGGUAUGAUCUAAAGGAAAAGAGUUGUCCUCACAGCUUCCAGAAGGACAUCAAAAUAAAAGAGAACUCUUAGGUUUCCUGGUGAAUAUUUGUAUUCCUCCAGCAGUUCUUUGUUUUCAGGGUUUAGCAUAACAAAUUUAUGUCUGCAUAGAGGCCAGAGGUUAACAUGGCACUGACUUGUCUGCCCCAAACUGGCCCAAGGACAGUGGGAUGUACUGACAUUCUGCUGACAUACUGUGACCCAAUGUUGCCUCAGACUCCAUGGUGUAACCGUGGGAAAGCUGAGAAUGUACAAAGGACACAUGGAGAGCUUGAGCUCAGAGGUUGCUGGUGGACACCACAGGAAGGAUUGGUGUGCCCGAAAAUAUUGGCAGGGCUCUGGUAACAAACCUUAACCAGGCUUCCUGUCUGGGGUCCACAAUACUUAAAUAUGUUGUAAGUAGACUUGAUAGGCUGGCCUCUAUAUCUAAGCAAUGUGUCAGGUUUGGGUAAUGUAAAUCUUAAACAGUGAAAAUUCGUUCAGAAGUGGGCAGAUAUGCGAGGCCUAGGCUGCGGACAAGACUGGGAAACUGUCUUCACUGAUAUCUGCCAGAUAUUGGAGCUUAAAAACACAUGAUUGUUUUUAAUGAAGCCUUUUCUGGGUGGGAAGAUGUUUUCUUCACCAGACUGAAAAUGCUCAAAAAACAGCUACAAUUUCCUCCAGGUACUGUUCCAAGCAUUUUACCAUUCCCUCAAGAUUCUCUCAGAUAGUAGCUGAACAUUCAUACUCAAAACUGGAUAAUUGAAGGUAAUGAUAAAUGUAUGCAUGGCAAAUUAAUUGUGCUUGCAGAUUCAGAGUUUUGGUCCCGUGAAAAUAAAGAAAACGAUGUUACAGUCUACAAUACAAAACUCUCAUGAGUGUCCAAGAAAGCGUACAUAGGCCUCCUACUUGCCCUCUGUCUAUUGUACCACAUACAUGGCUGGAUUCAUCCAUAUAAUUUUAGGUUUGACGUACCUCCUUCAUUGUUUCUCAGUCUCACAGGUAAGCAGUUGGCCAAAAUCAAUAACGAAUUCUUUUUCAUUAUCCAGGCCCUCUACUUCUCCAUAAGGGCUAUUCAUUGAACUAUCCCAGAGAUCCACUGGACUUCCCUAACAUCCCUCCAGUUGCCAUUUUGAGCCUUGUCAUUGUGUUACUACCUGCUCAAUUAUCCUAAGGUAAUGAAAUCAAUUUGGAAAGGAUUUACAGGCUUCUCCCACUCGUACACCUGUGUGGUUAGGCAACAUUUUACCAUGGCUUCUGCAGACUCUUGUCAAGAAGGCAGAAUCCCCAGAUGACAGCGUCUAAGGGACUCCCUCAGGCACUUAAGAACACAUGACAAUCGAGGUUUCACUAGAUCUGAAGCUUUUUUCCCCCUCUCUAUCCCUGUUAGUCUUAGCUACAUUAUGAAUAGAAGUUCAUGGUCCAACCCCAAACUCACUCAGGCCUGGACCUGGGAAUUCAGGAAGGAAGAUAAUGGAGAAGUCAUAGUUGAUGAGACCACAGAGCAGCAAACGACAGUCCCUGUUGAACUUUGCUCACUGAUAUCUACUUUAAUUUUCUGGUUGUUUGAGAGAUUGUAAGGAUGUGGGACUUUAUCUUUUUUUUCCUUAGGGUAAGAAAAGUUUAUUAAGAUAAAAAAGACAAAUGAAACAGGGAACAACAUAUAGAACAGAAAGAAACAUGGUACCUGUUGGGUGUGGCUGCCCAUUUAUAAUGGCAGCACUUGGCCUGAGUGAGUCCAGGCAGCCUUGCUUCCAUAGCGAAUUCCAGCCCAGCAUUUGCUAAAAUCUAAAACCCAAGCCAAUUAAACAAAAGACACAGCUACAAACAAAAUGACAACUGGUUUUCCCAUCCCAGUGCACGCAGCUCGGCCUCCAGCGAGGCCCUGGCCUGGCACAGCACCAUCGAGGAGUGGCUGUCAGAAGCCAGCAGGUUGCCCACGUCGAACUCCAGUUCUAGCUCUUUGUGCACCAUGAUGAGCUACAGCUUCCCUGCUUCCACCUGCUCUUCCUUGGCCAGCAGCUCCUCUGCAUACAGCUCCCCCAUGGCUCUCACUUGGGUCUCGGUUCCCUCAUUUUUGGGGACUUUAACUUUUAAGAAUGGACAGAAAGUUUACAAUUUGAUGUUUGCCUUAUACCUGAGCACCUAUGUUGCCAGGACAAGGGAGUUUUCAUUGCACACAAUGGGAUUGCAAGACAGAGAUUUCAGGAAAAGACAUGGGUGAAUAUAUUGAAACCAUGCCCCCUCGCAAGGAAUACUCCAUGAAACAUUAUCCUCCAACUUGCAUAUUUUAAAGGGAGUAGGAAAAAAUAUUGGCCUCCAGGAAAGAGUAAAAACUGUGGGAAUUGGACUAUAUGGCACAUGCAUGGACCUUGGGUUUAUACAUUUCAGGGAGAAGAAUCUCCCUCAUCCAAGGUCUUUAGAUCUUUGGGUGUUAACAAAGAUGUUCUAUCCAUAUCGAGGCCUUAACCAACUCUCCCUCUCCUCAGAACUGAGUGGUAAUGGAGCAGUGAGAACUCUGAAGCUCUGGAAGGAGAGUGUGCGAAUGGGUGUUCCCUGACUCAAAAGUGAGUCUCUGGAAAAGGCACUGCAGACACUGGUCAGUCAGGGUAGAGGGAGUUAGCAAGGAAGCUACGGCAUUUCCCAGUGACAUCACCGGUAGGGUCUUCCCUGGAAAUUCUCUUGUAUCCAGGAGAACCCUAGAAUCUUCUGUGAUGUCACCAGUGUUGUGGCGACACCAACUGCCUGAGCGAUUUCCCUUCAGUUUCUAAUGGGUUCCCGAGGAGGCAUGUUCUCCAGGAUCCUCAGUCUCUUUCGGAGGGAUGAUCGUACACAUGCAGAGACCAGACCAAGGCAGAGGGAGGCCAGCCUUCUAUCACGUUGGAGAACAAGACGAAUGGAAAGGUCCUGGAGGAGGACAAAUCAGAGGGCAUCAUCUCAACCCUCCACAAACCCCGUUGAGGAGGAGAGAAUUAAGCGUUUGGAGGACCUCAAAAUUGCUCUCCACAAGAUGCAAAAGGAGAGAGAUGAACUCCGGAGUAUCCUGGCAGAUUACCCGGGAAAGAAUUUAAAUGACAGGAACAACUUUGAGUCCGAGAUGCUCAUGAUGCAGCACCAGGAAGUGAUGACUGAUAUACAGAAUAUGAGGGAGCAGAUCAAUAGAGCUUUGAGCAAAUGCCAACACCUUACACUGGAAAAUGACUGGUACUGCCGCAGCUUCUGCCCCCUCCUAACUGAGUUUUUUGAACUGAAGAACAAUGCCCAGAGAGCACGGAAUGAGAACAGGGAGCUUCUGUGGGAUCAGAUUGCACUGGAAGAGUCCAUUAAGGAAACAACAAGGUUCUGUGGGGAAGCCAGUAUGAAAAUCCAUGUAACAAGCAGAACAGGUCUGAAACACUGCAGCAGAAGCUUUCCCAGGGCCCAGAUCAGGACUACAGCUCUCAGAGACAGAACUGUCCACCAGGAUCACUGAUGGUGCAAAGAUUGACAACACCUCCCGCAUGUCUGUCCUCGUAAUCAUACCAAUCUUGGGCUGAAAGACCUUGAGGUGAAAAGACCUUGAGAUGUGGCAUGAAACAUGCCUCACGUUUAACCUUUUGAGGACUUGUCCAUCAACAACCAACCAUCCUGAAAGAGGCAGGUCUACAUUCCUCUUGAAGAGAUUUUUACCAUCUUACCUGCCGUUCUGCUGUGUUUGCAAGCCAGCUACAGGCUGGAGUUAUAUGUUGAAAAAUGUUCAGCAAUUGAAUGCUGACUAAUUUACUUGUUGUAUUUGGUUUUUAGUUUGAGGUUGUUUUAUGCAUUUGGUUUUAUUUGUUUACAUUUGAAAUUUUGUUAUUUAUUUGUUAACUUUAGUUUUUUUAAUUAAUAUGUUACAUUCCUAAGGCUAUAUACAUUGAACUCAUUGACUCCCCAGUUUAAAAUGUUGUUGAAUAAAUUAAUGUUUGCCUAUAAAUAAAAAUGUGACCUUUAACCUUUCACUCA